AUGUCGAAUGGUCUUGGUCGUGCAGAGCUGGGAUCGCACACGCGUUCGUUUACAGGAUGUUCAACGUGCCGAAGCCGCCAUGUCAAAUGCGACGAAGGCCGACCGACCUGUUCUAUGUGCACAUACUUCGGCUUGAAAUGUGCUGGCUAUAAAAAAGAUAUCUUCUUUGACUCCAAAAACCCUGACAGCCGGAUUCGCUUUCGCCGACCAUUGUUUACGGAGGAGGAACGCAUUCAUAUGAGCGAGUGGCUGGUAUCAGCCGCGCCGCCGAAAUCGACGCAUAAGCUUUUAGCACAAAUCGACGAAGAGUGCGAGAAUGCAGCCGUGUCGGAGGAAGUUGAAAUAUCCUAUGGACCGUUUGGGGCAUUUCGAGCGCAACCGCCUCAAACAGUCCAAGUUGCCUCUCCAUCUCCGUGCGACCGACCACCACCUGCCGAGGGAUCAGAUACAACGACAGAAUUGAGUCCCCCAGAAGAUGUGAUACCGAUGAUAGAUCCGUUUCCGGCUGCAUCUGGCAUUUCGGCGUGGUCUCCAGGCUUUAUGCAAUCGAUUCUGGGGCAGCCUGACGGAGAUCCGAGCUCCUCGUCCCCAGAUCUUUUGGAUAUGAUCAUGGACCAAGUUCCUUUUGAUAACCACACUAUAGAUCCAGCCGACUGUCAACUAACUUCCAUAAUAUCAGACUCAUAUUGCAAUCCUCCCAUCUCUCCUCCUUCUCUUAUUCAUGUGCCGGGUGGGACCGGUGCCCUUCCACAAGACGCGGUUUUUCUCCUAAAACAUUAUUCUUCCACCGUUAUCAGUCUGAUGACACCCGUCAGACAUAAGAAGACACCAUGGCAUGUCCUUUUCAUCCCGCAUGCGAAAGACUGCCUUGCCGCACUCGCACUGGGCGAGGAACUAAAUCAUGCCAGUCUAUGCGCAUUCUAUGGCACACUGGCUACCAGUGCUUUUAGCCUCGGUGGUGUCUCCCGAUCUCAGUCAUGGCUUGAUCAAGGACAUCAAUAUCUGCGUCAAGCACAGGAGCAUGCCCGAAAGAUGCUUAUGGCUGCCUACAACAUCCCCAAGCCGGCCAAAUACAAGUCGACAUUAAUGGCUCUACUUACUAUGGUGCAGCUGUCAAAUUUCUGUGGAAAUCGAAACGAAGCGGAAGGGUACUUCUUGGAAGCGGAAAAAUUCAUUCGCUUGAAGGGGCUGAAGCGGAAGAAGUCGCGAAAAGUGCGACUUCUACAUCACUGCUACGUCUUUGAGCGGAUGUUCCACGAGAGCAUCUUUCUUGGUGGGGCAAAUUCAAAUCAACGAAGACACAUACGUCGAGCUAUUGAGUCUAGUGGACUUGCUCCGGCAAGUGUUGAUGGAUUGUCUUUCCGUCUCUAUAAGUACAAUAAUUUGCACCAAGAGAUGUUGCGCGUCAGAGGCAGGGAAGAGGGAGAAAAUGAUCUCCACCUCGAGCGACCUGGAACAUUCUCAGCAACACUAUACCCAGAGAUAUUUGGAAUUCCAGAAACUUGGAUGAUUCUCUUAUCGAUGAUUAUUCGACUCGGAACCGAGAAAGAUGCCGCAGAACAGCAGAACAAUCCGAACGAGUUAAACCUCAAAGAUUUCAUCGGUCGUGCAAAGGCACUUGAAGACUAUAUUAAUCACCUUGAAAGGCCAAGCCAAAUUGCACCUGGUCUUGGCACCCAUCAGUCGUCCGUCGAUCAGCAUAUUCUGGAAAAUAUGCUCGAGGCCAUGCGGCAGGCCUUGGCUAUUUACUUCUAUCGCCGAAUUUACGAUCUGGAUGCAUCGAUGCUGCAAAAAAAAGUAGCUGAUGUACGUGACUGCCUACUCCAAUGUGAAUAUGCCGAUUCGAGCGUGGUGCACGGCUCCGCUGGCUUCAUCUGGCCAGCAUUUAUUGCAGCCUGCGAAGCAGAAGAUCCCAAGGUACAGGAAUCGUUUUCUGCUUGGUUUGAGGUUUCAGCACAGCGCAGUGGGCUUUCAUCCUUUGCUCAAACCCAGGCUUCGAUUGAAAAAGUAUGGGAGGAGAAACGCAGCUCAAAUGGUAGUAGCACGACUUGGGUCGAUUUAAUGAAGAGGUCGGUAGCUUUACAACAAUGA